AUGCAUUCACCAUCUAUCAUCUGGGUAAAAUAUGGCUUCGAAGGCAUAACACCCCUAAAACUGCACAACACCAACGUGUGCUGCGCGAUACUGCAAAGCUUUGUGAAAAAUAGUUGUGUCACGGAUGUCAAGAAUGUAUGCGAACAGAAAAACUUACAACUAAAUAUCGAGCUAGAUGCUCUCAACAAAGCUUAUCAAGCGGCACGCUCGCGUAAUGCAUCCAGAAACUUGGCGAAAACUAAGUCUGCGGCUUCCGCAGGUUCCAGCAACGGACCGCAUCCACGUGUCUCUUCGUCAAGGGUGAAAUCGCCCAAAAUGGACACCAAUUCUGAUAAUUUAGCUUAUGACGAUACUGGCAAAAAGUAUUGUCUUGAUGAAUACAUGGCUGGAACCUCUGUGCGUUAUCUAUUUGUAGAAUUGCUUGAAGAGCGAGCGAACACAAUUUUAAAAUCUAGAUCACAAUACGCAGUAAUGGCUGUCACUAUAGACGACAAGGGACUUCCUCACGCCGUGCCGUUUGUUUUUACGCUGCAAACGGCAUGCACAGAAGACAAAAACCUUGUGAAUGUAGAACACUCAUGA